AUGUCAGGAACACCAUCACAGCAAGACGGGUAUGAAGAAGAGAAUUCAAGAUUUCCAGCAGAUACCAACCCCGUGACGAAGCCGCCACCGUCGCUGGGGUUGCCGACCUACUACACGCAGUACGAAGAGGACCGCUCUAGCGCAAGUGAUCAAGAGCCUAUUAAUCAAGAGCCCCCGCGCAAAAGAGCAAGGCGCGUUGCUCAAAGAACGACCUCUACGACAGCAGGAGAAGACACUUCCACCAAGUCCAAGCCUGCUGCAUCCAAGGAAAAGGCUCGUAAGUCUGCCAAGCCUGUGGACAAUGGAACAGCAGCCACGGCAACAACUCGCAGGACACCUAAGCCCAAGAUGGCGGGUAUGCGCAAGUCCUCUGCAAUCAGCGUGGACAAGGUCGUAACCGAGGCUUUGCAAACCACGACGCAGUCCACCUCAAAACCAAAAGCAAAACGCGCUAGCAAAAACACGAAGGGUGGUCCGAAGGGCAAGGAGAAAGCAGAUACGACGGAUGUAAAGACGAUGAAGUGGACCGUUCAAUUGACGGCUUUGGCGAUUGAAGCUCGUUUUCAAAACAAGCAGAUCCUAAAAAAGUUUGCUACAAAGAACUCGAACACGAAAACCCAACGUGCAAUGUGGGAGGACACUAUCACUGUAUUUCAGCAGCGCGCCCUGUUGGAGCACGCGUGGGAAGACGAUGAACCGCGCAGUGUGACUGUCAAGCAACUCAAGAACAAGCUGGAUGCUGUUCGAGCCGCAUACAAGGCAAAGAGAGGCCGUUUGCUUGCCACAGGAAAUCACUUUCCUAAUUCCGACUCCAGUAGUGACGAGGGAGAUGACACCUUGCGCAAAUAUCCAGAAAUGCCUGUGAUUUUUUUCGUCGAUGAGCCUGACAAAUCUUCAGAUAGUAGUGCUGCCGACAGCGGCGGGGGGCGCAAGCUGACGUGCAAACCCACGUCAGUGCAUCCGACCUAUCUGAAGGAACUUGGCGCAGAUCUCGCAGCACGAUGGCCGCUGCUGUGUGAUGUGUUUUCGCGUCGACCUGGCUGUACGGGUGAAGCUUUCAUGGAAACUGGCGUCCCAGCUAGAGUUAGCCUACCUACGAGCGAAAGUGAUGACGAUGAUCACGCUGGAGAUAAUAACGUGGACUCUGAUCCAUGUGAAUCACCAACCGAGGCUCGUGAAAAAGCAAAGGCAGCAGCUAAAGCAAAGAAACAACGUGACAAGCAAUCUAACAACGUUUCCACAAAACGACCUGCAGAUGUAAUGAGUGAUACACUCAAGACGGGGUUUGAAGCAAUUGAACGUGUUUUUUCGGCUCGUCACCAGCCGUCUCAAGACAAUGGGGAGAUAUCUCGGCUGGUUCAAAAGCUGACGUCGUCGAUUGAUGAGUCGAACGCUAAGCAACAAGCCAACAGCGAUGCACUGUUGACCAGUAUUGCGGGUUUGCACCAAGUUACGGCUGGCUUCUACAGCGAAAUGGCGAAGUGGAUGCAGAAUCAAUCAAACGGUAGCUAG